UUAUGUCAUAACAGACAGAUAGGAACUAAGUACACCAGAGAUAUAUAAAAGAUAUUUAGAGAGCAGGAGGGAAAACGUCCGAUAUGGGUAACAAAUUGCCAAACUGUGCGAUCCCGUACCCCAGUAAGAAUAAGCACCUACAUAUGGUACUAAGUACGGAGCAGAUCAAACUUGUACAGGGGUCUUGGGAGCUCCUCAAGGAUAACCUUGGAAGGUUAGGGCUCAUCGUGUUUCUCCGGCUAUUUGAAACGGAACCGCAAAUGAAGACGAUGUUUCCAAAGAUUGUGCAAAUGAACCAUGACAACAAGCUGGAGACAAACAUUGACAAAGACAUGUUACAACGACACGCAGUAACCGUGAUGGAAGGGUUAGGGGCGGCUGUGGAAAGUCUGGACGACUCAAGAUUUCUCAACAGUGUUUUAAUAUCUAUCGGCCAAACCCACGUUCAACGCCAAGUCAAACCACACAUGGUCAAGAAAUUAUGGCCUUCCCUCAAUUAUGGUCUCCAAGAAGUGCUUGAAGAAUAUUAUACGAAAAGUGUUGCAGAAGCGUGGAAAACAGUGUAUGACUAUAUCUGUGUCUAUAUGAAGUUGGGAAUGGAAAAUCCAGACAUUGAUCCCGACAAUACCAGCGAAAUCGGCAGAUAACAGACAAGAUAUAAUUCAUUGAGUCAUUGAUUGUUUUUAUUUAUUCACCUGUUUAUCGUUGCCAUUGUAAGAAACUUGAGGUGUGCAUCAUAUUACUUUGACAAUCUACAUGACAAUAUUUAAGUUAAAGGUUCUUUGUAUAAUGUCAUA